AAUAAAUCAGCAAUGAGUCUCUACGAGAUUCCCGAGGAAUGCCUCAAUGAUUCACAAUUCAUGAAUAAUUUUGUCGCUACGAUGUGUAGUGAAAUCGCGAGGAAAGAGAAAAUUGUUGCAGAUGGCAUCGUCACAGUCAUGAAAAUUAAACAGAGUAUCGAAAAGGGCAAAGACGAAAGGAAAAUCCUGAAGGCGACGAUUGAAGCUAAGAAACUAAGGAUAGCUCUCCUGAAGCCCACGCUAGAAACUUUGACUCAUCGGGAGGCACAAUUAACAACAACUUUGGCUCUGGUAACAGCAAAGCUCGAUGACAAAUCAUUAAGAAUGAAGGCAGAUAAUGAUCAGUUCAAGGAAAUUGUGCACCUGUAUAAAACGACCUGUGAAAAACGUCGAGCUGAAUACGAAGCAUUAGUACCCCUAGCAGCUAAAAGACGUCAGGCAAAAAUUAAACUCCAGUUGCUGGAAGUCGAGGAGAUGGUAUUGGCUCAGAGGACAGAGGAGAUCCUAAAACUCAAUCAGCAGAAAAGAGAGAUUGACGAGAAACGAAUGCAGGUGAAACUAGUGGAAGUGCUGACGAUCGCCAAAGAGAGGGCCAAAAUGCAAGAAAAAUUAAGAGCAAUGGACCAAGAGAAGGCAAUACUUCUGGAGGAAUUGAAGACUCUGAAGAUACAAAAAGACAGAAUGAUGAAACAAAAAGAAGAGAAGGAGAGAGCAAGACAGAAGGCUCGACUGAUGAUGCCACCACCGCGGUUGGAUAUGUCUGUAUUGAGCACAUUCUGUCCAAAAUCAACUAUUGAACGGCAAACGAGAUCCGCCAUUCGUACUCGAGAUGACUCAGUUGACUUAGAUAAUCAGUCAAUAAAUACGGUCAUACUGGAGAAAAUGUGUGAGGAGGAAGACCAGCUGAUGGACGUCACUGAAGAGGAUGACAACGAGGUGAUAGUACCUAACCCACUAAUAAGAUCCAUCUCAAUGAUUUACAGCAAUCAAAAUCCCCAAGAUCAGAAGAGCCAGGAAGAUAUCGGACAAAUUGAAGUACUGGAGAGAUCCUACAGUCAGUUGUCCCUGGAGAAAGAGGGCGAUAAUAAUGCCCCAACCAUUUCACCAACAAAUUCCCCAGUCAAACCCCCAAUCGAAGUUCACGUGAUUGUUGAGUCUCCAAAAGCCAAAGACAACUUCGUCCGCAGAUCGUCCUCACUCCUCAAGGCUCAGUCCGUUCAACGUAAGACUGAAGAGGUAGUGGAUAAGUCAGAAGGUGCACCAGAAGAGAAAAAAUCUAAAAUUAAUGAUAAUAAUGUGAAGAAACAAGAGAAGAACAAAUCAUUGCAAAAUCGUGAUAUAGAGCCUCGUCAGCUCCCAAUAAUUAAAUCUGUCGAGAAGAUCUCUCGACCUGUCACUGUUACCACUAGACCUCUAAUAGCUGAAGUCCCUCCUACGCUCUCGACUUUAUUCUCCCCAACCCACUAUGCACCGAGCAUUGACGAUUCAGACGCUGAGACUGAUGCUAAUGUCGACGAUCCUCCAGAUCUAUCAAAUCAAAUGAACUGGAGAAACUUCUCACCACCCCCAGCUCUCGAAUCCGCCGAAUCCUUCUUAUCUGAAGUCUCAACAUUCCGACCUCCUACCACUGCUGAUUUGAAUAAACAGCAACAACCUCCAACUUCAGUUUUUGCCGGCCCUGGCUUCAUGAACAUGUUCCAGCCGCAAUCGAAGGGUUUCUUCUAGUAAUAAUUCAAACAAUUGGUUCCUUAUAGUCUUUCUGUUUAUAUCGACUUCCAUCCCAAUUAGUCAUCAUUACAG